AUGGCAACUGUACAGCAGGCGAGAGCGCCUGAAAAGAAGAAAGAAAGGCCAAGUGCAUUACGAUCAAUUAUUGCUGGGUCUACUGCUGGAGCUGUGGAGAUUGCCAUUACAUACCCUGCCGAAUUUGCGAAGACGAGAACACAAUUGAAUCGCAGAUUGCCAGAUGCAGCAAAGCUGCCAUGGCCACCGUUUGGAAAAGCCUGGUAUGCGGGGUGCACGACGUUGAUUAUCGGGAAUUCCCUGAAGGCUGGCAUUCGAUUCGUGGCUUUCGAUCAGUACAAGGCAUUACUACAAGAUUCCAAUGGGAAUAUAUCAGGCCCGAGAACAGUGAUUGCUGGGUUUGGAGCUGGUGUCACCGAGUCUCUGCUGGCUGUUACUCCGUUUGAGAGUAUCAAGACUACCUUAAUCGAUGACCGCAAGAGUGCCAAUCCGAGGAUGAGAGGCUUCCUCCAUGCUGUGCCUAUUAUUGCCCGCGAACGAGGAAUUCGCGGGUUCUUCCAAGGCUUCGUACCCACCACUGCCCGACAAGCAGCGAACAGCGCGACUCGAUUUGGAUCAUAUACCUUCCUACGCCAAGUUGCACAAUCAUACACAGCUCCGGGCGAGAAAUUGGGAGCUCUCUCGACAUUUGGAAUUGGUGGGAUAGCGGGGCUCAUCACAGUUUAUGUUACGCAGCCCCUCGAUACCAUCAAGACGAGGAUGCAAAGUAUCGAGGCGAGAAGUCUGUACAAGAACAGCUUUACUUGUGCCGCUAUGAUCUUCAAAAAUGAGGGGGUGCUGACUUUCUGGAGCGGAGCUUUGCCAAGGUUGGUGAGGCUGAUGUUGAGUGGUGGGAUUGUGUUUACGAUGUAUGAGAAGAGUAUUGAUCUCAUGGAUAAGUUGGAUCCUGAUAAGAAGUACGUCUAG